AUGGGGUGGCCUGAGCAAUCCCAGGGUGUCUGGGACCCUCCCCCAGUGUUGGCUCUGGGCUCUGCUGCAGCACCAGGGGAGUGUUGGGCUCCAAGGGUGAAACCAGUGGCCAAAGGAUCCACUUUAGACCUGGGGUUGAACUCGGUGAAAAUCCAGUGCCAGAACGAAGCUGUUUACCAGUACCACGUUACCUUCAGCCCCGAGGUGGAGAGCAGGAGCACCCGUUUUGCCAUGCUGAAGCAGCACCAUGGGGUGACAGGGGAUGUGACAGCUUUUGAUGGCUCCAUCCUCUACCUGCCCAUCCAGCUCUCCCAGCCCCUCAGCCUGAAGGCUCAGAGGCUGAGCACCAAGGAGGACAUCACCAUCACCAUCCAGCUCACCAAGGUCCUGGAGCCCAGCUCCCCUCUCUGCAUCCCCUUCUACAACACGGUUUUCAGGAGGGUGAUGAAACUCUUGGAUCUGGAACUAAUUGGGAGGAAUUUUUUCGAGCCUGCCCAGGCCACUGUGUUGCAGCAGUACAGGCUGCAGGUUUGGCCAGGAUACUCUGUCUGCAUCAGGAAGAAGGAUGGUGGACUCUUCCUCUCCAUUGACCCCAUCCACAAAGUGGUCAGGAGUGAUUCUGUCCUGAACGUCAUGCAUUCCCUCUACAAGCAGAACCUCAGCAGCUUCCAGGAUGAGUGCACCAAGCAGCUGGUGGGCAGCGUGGUCAUUACCCGCUACAACAACCGCACCUACCGCAUCGAUGACAUCGACUGGGACAAGAGCCCCAGGGACAGCUUCACCCUGGCCAGUGGCCAGCAGGUCACCUUUGUGGACUACUACAGCAAAACCUACGGGAUCACCAUCAGGGAGCUGGACCAGCCUCUGCUCAUCCACAGACCCAAGGAGAAACAGAUACUGGGCAAGAGGCCCCUGGAGAUCGUGCUGCUGGUGCCAGAACUCACCUUCAUGACUGGGCUCCCUGAUGCCAAGAAGGACAAUCGCAUGGUGAAGGAUGUGAUGAGGGGGAUGCUGCAGAGCCCUCGGCAGCACUACACACGUCUCAUCAACCUCCUGCACAGGAUCAAGGACAAACCAGAGGCCUCUCAGGAGCUGCUGCGCUGGGGGCUCUGCCUGCACCCCGAUAUCCACAGGACCCAGGGUCGAAUCCUGCCCGGGGAGAGGAUCAACAUGAGGCACAGCUCCUUCAUGCCUGCUGAGGACCUGAACUGGAGCAAGGAGGUGACACGAGAAGCCUCCAUCUCAGUGGUUCACAUGAAUUACUGGUUGCUGGUCUAUCCAAAACGCCUGCAGGACCUGGCCAGGGACUUGGUGUCUGCCCUGGAGAGUGUCUGUGGCCCCAUGGGAAUGCAGAUCAGCCGACCUGCCUUUGUGGAGCUGAGGGAUGACCGGAUCGAGACCUACGCCAAGACCAUCCGAGGUGUUCUGAACAGUGAGGACAAGGUCCAGCUGCUCCUCUGCAUCGUCGCCACCAGCCGGGAGGACAUGUACGGGGCCAUCAAGAAGCUGUGCUGUGUGCAGGCCCCAGUGCCCUCCCAGGUGAUCAAUGCACAGACCCUGUCCUGCCAGCCGGGCAGGCUGAGGAGCGUGGCUCAGAAAGUCCUGCUGCAGAUGAACUGCAAGAUGGGUGGAGAGCUCUGGGGGGUUGACAUCCCACUGAAACAGCUGAUGGUCAUUGGCAUGGAUGUCUACCACGGGCCCAGCAGAGGGGUACGCUCUGUCAUCGGCUUCGUGGCCAGCAUGAACCAUGUCCUCACCAAGUGGUAUUCCAGGGUGGUUUUCCAGCUGCCCCACCAGGAAAUUGCUGACAGCCUGAGGCUCUGCCUGAUCGAUGCUCUCCAGCACUUCCACCAGGUCAACCACUACUUGCCCAGGAAGAUCGUGGUGUACCGGGACGGCGUGUCGGACGGGCAGCUGGACACUGUGCUCAAGUAUGAGAUCCCCCAGAUGCAAAAGUGCUUCGACACCUUUGAGAACUACCAGCCCAGCCUGGUGGUGAUGGUGGUGCAGAAACAGAUCAGCACCAACUUCUACACCCUCAGCCCUGAGCAGUUCACAUCCCCUCCCCCUGGAACUGUCGUCGACCACACGGUCACCAGCACCGACUGGCAGGAUUUCUUCCUGCUGGCCCAUCACACCCGGCAGGGCUGCAGUGUCCCCACCCGCUACAUCUGCCUGCUCAACACAGCCAACCUGAGCUGGGAACACCUCCAGAGGUUGACUUUCAAGCUCUGUCACCUCUACUGGAACUGGCCAGGCACUGUCAGAGUCCCUGCUCCCUGCAAAUAUGCCCACAAGCUGGCAAACCUGGCAGGACAAAUCCUGCACCACGAGCCCAGCAGCCAACUCUGUGACAAGCUCUUCUUCCUAUAA